CAUAAAAGAUAGCAAAGUCCACAGGGAAGUGUAUGAAAGUUUUCCGGGUUCUGUAAACCAACGGAGGCUGGUAUAUCUACAGGUAGUAUACACAAACCGAGGCUGUGCCAAGUGGGACGCUGACAAGGAUAAGGCAACUGGAUGAAGGAGGGUGGGCUGUGCCAAGUGAUGGAAGAGGAACCACAAGAGCCCGAAAUCUCUGGCAUCUUGGAGAAGAGGCGGCAAAAUUUGAAAUUCCAUUGGCGGACAUACCAGUUCAUUCUGAAGGGGGCGAACCUCUCAUAUUUCAAAAGGCGUGGGAGUGAUGACAAAGAGGGGGAGCUAUGGGGUACCAUAAAUUUACACGAUGUGACAUCACUUGUUUGUGUGGAUAUCAUGGGUUCCCGAUACCCCAUUGAGGUGACACUGAGGAACGGGAAAGUAAUCUUAUUGGCUGCAGACAGUAACACAGAGCGGGGGAAGUGGAUGAAGGUAUUACAGCAGAAAAUGGCAUCGAUCAGGAAAAGGCGGACAUCAGACACCCCUGUGGUGCGGGAGAAAGUAGUGGAUGCCAAUCGGGGGAUCUGUGAUUGGAUGAGGAAGUCUGACCCUGCCGGCGAGACCCGGGGACUGGACUGCAGCGAAGGUGCAGAUGAGCUUGGGGACCUGGACUCUUUUAUUGACCACACCUUCAGCGGAAUCUCAUUUAACAGGGCAUCUCAGAUAAAGAAGGUGGAAUCACAAAGAAGUCAGGACAAAGAAGGUGGGAAUAAUACAUGAGAAAUAAGCAGCACAUUUCAGAGACAGAAGAGUACCAGAUGGU